AUGGCGGGUAAUAAUUCCACACUACUCCGUGCACCGCUAAUUUCAUCCGCGGAAUUAUUAACAUGGUACGGGAGCGCCACCUUGAUCAGUAUCAUCGGAACCUUGGCCGGCAUCGCGCUGAUGCUCGUCAUCAUCAAGCAGCACAACUUCCGCGACGGUACCCAUCCCUUAAUCGUCCAGCUUCUAGCCGUGGACUGCUUCACUUUAGCCGUUCCUAGCUUCUUCGCGAACACGGAGAUCUACCUCAUCCAAACCGGCCGCGGCAGUCACGUGAACUGCAGCGCCAUCUUCUUCCUGCAAUACUUUUUAACGUGUGCAUCGCACUGGAUUCAAGUUUCCUUGGCGCUCAACCGUUGCACCGCGGUAUUAUUUCCCCACAAUUUCCGCGCCUGUUCCAGUAAAAUCACCAUCGCGUUGAUGUCUGCUUGGAGCUGGACGUUCCCGUUAGCGCUAUCCGUUCCGUAUUUGUUCGGUGUGGGCGCUUCGUACGGACAAGUGAUGCCGCUAGGUCACUGUACGCUGUUAGUGAACAAUAACACGCUGUUCCUUAUAUUAAGCUCCCUCGUCACGACAGUUCCCCUGUGUAUUGAGGGCUUAUGUUAUGCCAUUGUGCUGGUGGCGUUCCGUUGUCAGCAGAAACAAAUCCGGCCAACGGCUGCCUCACGCUACGAUGCUCGCCGGCAGAAACGGCGACGGAAAGAGCGAGCGUUGUCGCUGGUGCUGCUGAUAUGCUUCCUGUGGUACUUGGUGUGUUAUCUGCCUAAUACGGUCAUCUCACAAUAUGUGGCAUGGUACUGGCGGACUCAUUUGAACGUGUUCCUAUGGCUACGGAGUUUGUUCGGACUGGCGCAGGCUGGAACACCGUUUAUUCUCGUGAUGGGCAAUGCGGAAUUCCGAGUGGGAAUGACCCAGCUGUUGACUUUCCGUUGUGUCGCCAUUGUCCCGCUAGGUGGAUCGUCCAAGUGGUCCGUAUCGCUGCGGGGAGCGACGUCGCGGAAACUGCGCUCCAGUCAAGGUGUCGCCGAUCAAAGCACUUCUCAGAAAUUUUGA